AUGGAUCCACGCAAGAUUGCUCGUCUCCAGACCCUUGUCACCGAGAAAAAAGAUGAAUUGAGACAGGAGGAAACAAAGUUGAGAAACAACAUGGAGUCAUGGGUCAGACUCACCGACAUGCGCGAACGUCUGAUGCAAGAGUUCGCAGACAUCAAACAACCUAUCGACAUCUCUUCUCCCAAAGCCAAAGGCCAACUCGACGGUGGUAAACUCAUCAUCCGUCAUGAUAUCUAUGCUGUUCAGGUCCAAGCCAACAUGAAGAAGAACUACAAAAACAUUUGCAGAAUCUUGGAAGAGACUCAGACGGUUGUUGAGCAGUUGAAGGAGGUCCACACGGAUUAUGAAAAGUUGGGCAUUGUCACCGACAUCCUGAAUGGACUUGACAAGCCAAAGACUGAUUGGGAGACGCUCAUCAAGAAACUUGCUGCUAUCAUCAAGCAACUUGGCUGA